GGUUAUUUUCUGCGUCGUGUUCACCUGCGCGGCUGCGCCACAGGUGCGCGGCGGACAGAUCGAGUGAGAUGGGUAAUUCAGACUCCAAACUACACUUCAGAAAAGCGGUGAUACAACUUACUACCAAAACACAGCCCGUCGAGGCCUCUGAGGAUGUGUUCUGGGACCAGUUCUGGACUGACAUCAACUUGACAGCACAGGAUAUUUUUGCUCUGGUUCCUGCUGCUGAGAUCCGUGCUGUGAGAGAGGAGUCUCCGUCCAAUCUGGCAACACUCUGUUACAAGGCAGUGGAAAGGCUUGUGUUGAACGCCGACUCGGGCUGUGUGUGUGAGAGAGACAGACAGGCCGUGCUGAGCUGCAUUCGUCUGUUGACUCGGAUUCUGCCCUAUAUCUUCGAGGAUCCCGACUGGCGUGGAUUCUUCUGGUCCACCGUGCCAAAAGUGGGCAAGUCUUUGGAUGAAGGCGAUGACGAGAGCACGCGGCCGUUGGCGGAGUCUCUCCUCACAGCUAUUUCUGAUCUGCUUUUCUGUCCAGACUUCACUGUCGAGAGCCACAGCAGGACCAGUGCGGAUGGCCCCUCUGAUAUCCAGUCCAUGGACAGCUGUGAGUUCAUCUGGGAAGCUGGCGUUGGAUUUGCUCAGACUCCGCCUCUCAGUCACACCCAUGACUCUAACAGGACAGAGUUGUUGAAGCUUUUAUUGACAUGUUUCUCAGAAGAAAUGUACCAGUCUCCAUCUGACAUGCACACACUCAACCCCUGGGUCUCCUUCUUUUGCUCUAGAGAAAACAGACAUGCCCUGCCGCUCUUCACCUCUCUUCUUAACGUGGUAUGUGCGUAUGAUCCUGUCGGGUACGGCAUCCCGUACAAUCACCUGAUGUUCUCUGACCAGCGCGGGGUUCUAGCAGAGCUGGCGCUGCAGACACUGAUCGUUUCACUGGAGCAGGAGCUCGUCGAUAACUCAAACACCAGCACGAACCUGAGCACCAAUACUGACACCUGCUCUGCUGAUUACAAGAAGAACACAACUGCUGAAGGAUGCCAGGCAACGAGAGGCGAAAACCUGUUUGUAAACUACCUGUCUCGAAUUCAUAGAGAAGAGGAUUUUCAUUUUAUCUUGCGAGGAAUCGGCCGGCUGCUCAAUAACCCCCUGCUGCAGACAUACCUGCCCCAUUCCUGCAAGAAAAUCCAGUUUCAUCAGGAGCUGCUGGUGCUUUUCUGGAAACUCUGUGACCUCAACAAGAAGUUCCUGUUCUAUGUGUUGAAGAGCAGUGAUGUGCUGGAUAUUCUGGUACCAAUUCUAUUCUAUCUCACUGACGCUCGUGCCAAUCAGUCACGUGUCGGUCUGGUGCAUAUCGGCAUGUUCAUCUUGUUGCUGUUAAGUGGAGAGAGGAAUUUUGGGGUGCGUCUGAAUAAACCAUACUGUGUGCGAGUGCCAAUGGAUAUUUCGGUGUUCGCUGGGACUCAUGCUGACCUGCUGAUAGUGGUUUUCCAUAAAAUCAUCACCAGUGGACAUCAGCGACUGCAGCCCCUGUAUGACUGUCUGCUCACUAUUAUAGUCAAUGUGUCUCCUUACCUGAAAAGUCUGUCUAUGGUAGCAGCCAACAAACUACUGCACCUGCUGGAGGUUUUCUCAAGCCCCUGGUUCCUGUUCUGCUCACCUGUUAACCAUCACCUGGUUUUCUUUUUGCUUGAAGUUUUUAACAACAUCAUUCAGUACCAGUUCGAUGGUAACUUUAACCUGGUGUACGGCAUCAUUCGCAAACGCAACCUCUUUCACCAGCUGGCUAACCUGCCUACAGACGUCAUCUCGAUCCAGAAAGCCCUGCAGAAGAAAAGCAGGAGCAACAGCACCCAUAAUGCCGUCUUCAUGGAGACCAGCAACCCAUACAACACUGCCUGUAGUGAAGGACCGUAUAAAACCACACCGGUUCAAACGGGCACUCUGAACGCAAGCUUGAAGGCCAUGCCACGCAUUGAUAAACUAACAGAAACAUCACAGGUUUCUGAGGACGGAGCGACACUGUUACUGCAGCAGAGGGACUCGACCCACAGCCAAUCAGAUCACAGCUCUGAGACACAAGUCAGAGACACGGAGCCGACCUCUGGUGAAGAUGACAAGAAGUCUGAAAAAGAGGAUUGUGAUGGAAGUCCGAAACACGUGUCGUCUUCAUCGGACUGGGCUCCUACUCCAGACUGGGUCCUCUCCUGGAAGAGCAAACUCCCUCUGCAGACUAUAAUGAGACUCCUGCAGGUGCUGGUGCCUCAGGUGGAGAAAAUCUGCAUAGACAAAGGUUUGACGGACGAGUCUGAGAUCCUGAAGUUUCUGCAGCACGGGACUCUGGUGGGUUUGCUGCCGGUUCCUCAUCCCAUCCUCAUCCGCAAGUACCAGGCCAAUGAGGGCACGGCCCUGUGGUUCCGCACAUACAUGUGGGGCAUCAUCUACUUACGUAACGUGGAUCCUCCUGUUUGGUACGACACUGAUGUCAAGCUGUUUGAGAUCCAGAGAAUUUAAUGACACCGAGAGAACCAACUCAACAAAACUGACUCGAUUUCU